UGUACAGUACCGUGAACGCAGCAAUUAGUGAGUUAAUAUUUUCGCGCCACAAGAUUCAGAAUCAGAUGGAAAAGACAAAACAAACAAAAACUCAUAAAGGUUAUUGAAAACAUACGUGGUUGAAAUCGAGAAAUCGUUUUGCGUUGAAAAGGAGCAAAAUAGAGAAACAAUGGCUGGGACAGACUUCGUUUGUCAACAUUGGAAGAAUGUAUUCAUAUGUUUUCUUUUGAUUGGCCUUUGUAAAUCUACAGAAAUAACAAAAGAUGAAUUAUUGGCAAAAAUAAAAAUCUGCCAGGAAGCAAUUCAGAAAUGGCAAGCAGAAAUGUAUGAGGCAAUAAAUCAAGCCAGUACUGAACAGGAAAAAGCGGAAAUCGCAAAUAAAUACAGUGCUAACGCACCUUCAGAAUGUGAAAACAUGUGUGAAUUGAUAACAGCACAAGUAAAAAAAGAAUUAGCAGAGGCAUUAGGAAAAAUGGCAAACCCACAACAAAGUGAAAUUGAUCGUAAAAAGCAACAAAUAGAAGCUCAGUACCCUGUAAAAGAAGCAUGCGGUUCUAAUGGACCUAAUGGAGGAAGCAAUACUAACGGAAGUCCUACAUAUCCUGAAAUAUCAAAGGAAGAAUUAUUGGAAAAAAUAAAAAUCUGCCAGGAAGCAUUACACAGAAAGGCAAGCAGAAUGUAUGGA